AAGCAAAUAUGUGAUUUGUGUAUAAUGUACCCAUAAUUAGUGUAAUUAGUGAAAACAAAAUGCAUCGGCAAACUUUAGUGUCAGGCGAGAGAGACAGCGCCAGCUCAGUGGUUGUGAGUGACAGUGAUGGCAUAAUGGAUCUGCCGGAGUUGGAGCCCUUGGAAGCGGGCGCCCCCCCUCGCCCCUACAUCCCCGCUCGCUACUGCAGCAACCUCGCCAGCAGAGGUGUCUUCAGAGGCCCUCUCCGCAUCUGCAAACUGCUAGCUUUUCUGAUCCUCUUGCCUAGUCUGUUCAUCUUUAUACCACUUUACAUGAGGUACCGGGUGUUCCAGGCACAGAUGUAUCCGAUGAGCAUGACGGACAUGAGGCUGAUUGACAGCAAAAUAUCCCCCACCUGGUGCCAGCGGCAAGUAGUGAAAUCCAACACGACCUUCAAUGCCUUCGUGAUGCCUGGACCUCCACAGCUCUCUGAAGAGCUGGUGCCCGUCUCCAUGACCAGGGAACUGGAGCUGGAGGAUGACAUGAAAGAGUACUGGGGGUUCUAUCUGCUCAAGGGGUCUACGGUCACAGUGUCUGCUUGUGUCAACCACCCCGGAGCAUCUCUCAUCAUGAUCAAAGGCUACAAGCACCUAAAAGACUGCGCGUACAUCGGAGACGAUUCCUCAGAAGAAGUAGACGAACUUCUAGAAGCUAAUAAACUAGGCCAACUAUCAGACACCAUUCUAGCUGAGAAAAUACUGAAGUUGCUUGAUAAAGACCUCCCACUGGCAGGAACAAACUUGCCUGGGAAGAUUCAAGAAGACCUCCAGCUGUUUAACUCAAACUUGCUCGGGAAGAUUCUAGAGCUGCUGGAAGCCAAAAAGUCAGGGCAACUUUCUGAUAAGAUUUUGGUACAAAGGAUGCAGGAGUUGACGAGUAAUGGAAAAACUAAUCAUCCUGGCACAAUGAAGCGCCACAAGGCAGGCGUCAGCUUCCUGGACCGCGAUCGACACACCAAUAACGUGACGUCAUCCGAAUCCGUACCCGCUGCCGACGUCACAGACCACGAUCCCAAGGAACUUCGUGAAAUUCUGGAAAGUCUGCACGCACAACGCCAAGCAGCGAAAACGGAAUCGUUCAAGAACUACCAGCCUCCGGGUAAUCUGAUAUCACUGAAGACUGCAAAACAACGGCAUCGAGACACCAACGUUGAUAAGGAGGAGAGAAAAUGGAUUUCGUUUAAUGACCUCAAUGCAAACACCAGCGACCAGAGCUCCAACAUUGCAAAUACUAAAACAGAAAGCAAAACAUCUAAAAUUGGUGAAACUACCCCACAGAAAUCUACCACGCCAUCUUUAAUAAAUACCACACCCACUAAUAAAGAAGUUAUCGAAGUAACAACAACAGAAAAGUAUACAGAAGACAAAAACCUAUUACAAACAGAUACAAAGAAUGUGACAACAAUAAAUCAGCCUUAUGUAAGAGUAGAUAAUACAACUGAAGUGAAAAAUGGGAAAUAUUUGAAAGAUGGUGCAAACUUUGAAGUGGAACACACCGUAAUGGAAAGUGGAAAUUGUAUGAAACGUGGUAACAUUGACGUGGAACCCUCCGCCGCCACCCAAGAGCCUAGUUCUCGGGAAGUAUUCGAGAAUAUCCUGCAUCAGCUUCAGGGCCUGGGUCCGCGAGGCACCAGGGUCCUCAAACGGCUCCACAAAACCAUGGGCGUGGAUUAUCCGCAACAGGGUCACGUGGCUAAUAUAAUGGGGGCUGUGAAAGGCAGCGAGGAGGAGCUGGACCGGCUCAGGAAGGUGCUGGUGGAAGCAAUUGAUGAAGAAAAAACGCGUCCUCAGAGACGGCAAAAGAGGCAUGACGCGAGGGAAGAGGCUCGAGCGAAGCGAGAUCUGAUGUUGGGGCAGAUCGAAAUACAGAAGGAAUUCAACGAGGACGAUGAAGCGCGGAACAAUGCUGCUGAGGAGGACGUGCAACCAGACGGCUACGCCGACCACCACGAGGUCAUCAACGAGACGACUCCCUUCGACAUGAGCAACUCGGAGUACUGGUCCUCGUUCUCCAGCUCCGAGGAACGGCUGCUGCAGUGCGACGGCCUCAUCCUCAACCUGCCCAUGACUCCUCAUAGAUCCUGCGUGAAGAAUGCUGAUGAGACGCAGAGCACGACUGCUGCUAAAGCUAACGCGCUUACAUACAGGGUGCCAGCUAAUGGCUACUACUUCUUCGUAUUCAACUCCGAGAACGAGCGGCAGAAGAACUUCAUCCGAGCCAAGUUCGACCUGCAGAAGACCAGGUACGAGGUGGCGCAGACGGCGCUGCGAGAGUGCCGGAACAGCACACAGCGGUGCGACCUGCUGCUAGAUAUCUUCUCCAGCCAGAAGGUGGUUCUAGAAGUCCCCCUACGCAACAACGACUCCCUCUGGAAUGAGCAAUUUGUGAUCGUGUCCGAAUGCGAACCCCGGACCUCCAUAUACCUGGCCUGCGUCGUAGCUGUGCCCCUGCUCAUCAUGAUAUUUGCCUUCCAAUAAAGGGAUGAAAUAAAAAGUUCAUACAUGAGUCGGUUAGGAAGUUUUUGAUGUUGUCCGGAUGUGAACCUA